UGCGGUCCCAAUAUCAUUUAAUUUUAGACAAACCAGAAGUGAUAACAUAUAUACAUCGGUAGCAAUUCAUUAAGCAACAAGAGUUAAUUUGCUUGCAAGCUUAAAAAAAAUGACAUCUCAAACCAAAGAAUGUCUCGUUUAUACAUUAGGAGAGAGUGUCACACGUUAUUACUGCCUUGAGGACCAAAUUUGUUGUGCAAAUAAAUGUUGCACCCCCACCAAUUCAAAUUACUAUAAAGAUCACUGGUACAUUUGGUUUGCAGUAGUUAUUACAAUUUUCAUACUUCUUUGUGUUUGGUGUCACGCUGAAAAAGGAGGUUUCCUUACUGAAAGGCGAAACGUUUUACCAACCAGUCAUUGUAGUAGAAAUUUACUAGUGGUAAACCACCAAAAUGACAAUGAACUACCAGAAUUUACAUCUAAUUACGAAAUACCAAUUUACGAUAUUUCAGAGCCAAUAAUAAUUGAAAGUGAAAGUUGCAAUACUUACGAUCCCGGAGAUUUUUCUUCUUGUACUUGUGAUAAUGAUGAAUGAAUUAAUUUAUUGAUAUAAUUAAUCUAUAUACUUUUGAUGUUUUUUUUUAC